AGUCCUUCUCCACAGUCCCUAUUUUUGGUGUCACUGUUGUGUUCCCAUGGCGCUGGAAGCUUACGCUGCAGGAAACCACGACAAAAUCAACGCUGAUGUCCUCUCCAAAGCUAGGGAAGCUUGCUACAAGGCUCGUGAUGCUUUCUACGCGUGUCUGGAUAAGGAAUCUGACAAGAAACCCACAGAGAUUGCAUCAGUGGGCUUGAUUUACCCUGCAGAAUGCAAACGAUCGAGGGAUGAGUUCGUUAAACAAUGCCGAUCUUCAUGGGUGAAGCAUUUCGAUAGGCAAUACUGCCAGAACAAGAGGGUUCAGAGGCUUUUGGAUGACAAAGGUUCAAGGAGAGGUCCGUUGUCGCUCCCACAGUCUACUUUCAAACCCACUGCUUAAUUUCAAUGAGUCAUUCCAAUUUCCAGCAGUAGUAGUAGGUUGUUCUGAUUUCCCUGAUAGCUUAGUUAUACAUGGUUGGUUCUUUGGAUGUACAUUCAUGUUGCUGAAAGUGAGAAGUAUAUGUUUAGUACUAAUUACUUAUUUGCUAGUCUUCCUAGUCGCUACGGUGAGCUCUUACAAUUGAUGUUGGGAUUAAUGAUAUUUCAAGAAAAAACAAUCAAACAGGAAAAGAAACAUCUGUCUCUAGGAGUUACAACUCGUAGUGCAGAAUACUCUUAUUUAGGUUGAAUUUAUUCAUGUUGGCAGGGGUAUAGAAUAUACAGAUCGUCUUGGCCCCUGUCGAAGAUGGGAUAUCACUUCAUGGUCUUUGUAUGGGUGGAUGUGGAAUGCUGAUCUGAAUUAGUAGCAAACAGAAGUUCUUUGCAGUAUUUUUGAAUCUUGAGCAUUGCUUUAAUUUGUGGGUCUAGCAUUAUAGUGAUUUGUUUGGUCCUGAUAACGUGUAUUUGUUGCCUCGAGACUUUUGACUAUUUGUAACGUGUAAUGUAAUAAACCUUAGGUAUCUUUGCAUUAGUUAAGAAAAAUAUCUGAGAUAACACACAUCAGGUUUAAUA